AUGACGCCGCUGGCCUUGGUUCUGGCAGCUUUGGCAGUCGUCCAGAGCCGGGCUGGAGGACAUGCAGGACACGAGCACUUGGCCGUCGUCCGGGUCUUCUCGACGGAGGAAGAACUGCAGCUACUGAUGGACAGUGUCCCGAAGUGGGAUAUGGCCGGUGCAAUUCCGUGCACCAACAAAUCGAACAUGAGUGAGAUCGACCUCAUCUUGGUGUACAGCAAGGACCUGGAAACCGACGCUGAAGCCAAAAGCAUGGUGGGUAUGAUUGAGGAUGAUUUCCACAAUGAAUCCUUCGGCUGGAUGAGCUGCUUUUCCAACAUCAAGAACAUGUCGGCCAAGUUGAACCCGGAGCAAGACGUCUAUGACAAUCGUGGCUACACCACGAACAAGCACUGGGUCUCCGGCCCCAAUGCCGUCUUCUCGAAAAUCAUGAUGGCCAUGAUGGAGGGCGAGUUCAAUGACACGUACGACAUCUUCUUCCUAAUGGAGAUGGAUGCCGUCCCCAUCAAGGACCACUGGCUCGACCAGUUCGAGAUGGAGGCCCACGAGAUGGCCGACAAUGGCAUGGCCAUCCGCGGGAGCCAGUACCUGGGCGACAAGUGGGACCUUUUCAAAGCAAUGAUGCCGACGUACUUGGUGGAGCACAUCAACGGCAAUGCCAUGUACAACCUCAAGCACCCUUGGACCAAGGCGGUUUACGAUGCUUUCCACAGCAUGGAUGGCGGCAGCAUGAUGGAAGAGAUGGCCUUCGACGUCGCCUUUGCCAUGAUAACUAUGGAUGCGAUGUCAGGGAACACUAGCCAGUUCGCAGCUGCCUGGGCAGCUGCAGGAGGCAACAGCCAGACCUACAACUGGGAUUCCAUGCUGGUAGGCAACUACGCCAACACCCUUCUGAACACCAGCUUCGAGUUCCCGACUUACAUCCGCCACGGCUCCAGCAAGAACCUGUUCGCGAACUUGGAUGACGAACACGUGACGCUCGGAGUGGCUGUGUUCGAUCACCAGGGGCACUUGAAGGACACCAUCCCCACGCAUCACCCCUUCAAGAAGAUCCUGGCUCUGACCUACUACCCGCAUCCGCAGCAGAUGGACAUGUAUGAGACUCCGGUCGGCAACGUGACCAUGACGACGCAGGCAGCCACUGGCGAUCCCUUUUACCACCUCUGCGAGACUGCCAAACUCGUUGACACGAAGUGGUUCGCUCUCACAGACAACUAUCACAUCAUCAAAGCACCGGUCAGUGUUCUGAUGGACAUGGGCGACAAGCCCGUGCUGCCGUACGUCCUGAGAAACUCCAAGUACUGCGGCGAGCGCCCGAACUGUGAGGCCUCCAUGUUGCAAGCAGAGGGGCUGUUCAGCAUCACCUUGAACUACCACCACGACAAGUACGAGGUGCUGUACAAGACGGACGAUGCCAAGAUGUUCUGCGAUGCAUGGGACCUUGCAACAGGCAGCACAGCAAACGAGUCGUGGGCCAAUUGCAGCUUGUCCUUUGGCCCAACCGGGGAUGACUACAUCGCCUGGAAGAUCAGCGUGGACCAGAACAUCACCGAGGAGUUCACUCCAAAGGACAAGACACGCUACGGCUGGAGAGCCUGGACGAGCCUGUGGAAUCCGGCCCCAGUUGACAGUCGCGCGUGCACGCCGAUGCUCUACGGGCCCAAGGAGUACCUAGAGACGCUUGGCAACAUCUCCCACUGUGCUGUUGACUACGUUGAGAAUGCCGCGGCAUGUGAAUCUGAUACCACAUGCGAGUGGAAGGCCAUGUUCGAGUCCGGCGUGUGCUUCCAGGACCCGAAGAGCGUCGCCACGACGACCACAAUGGCGGGAGUGACCUACAGCACCAUCGAAGUCACGUUGCCGCUCACCGUGGACGAUGCAGCUGCGAUCCUCAACAAUGCUACCGUGCAGGACGCCAUGAAGCAAGGCUUUGCAACGGCGAUGGAGGUGCCUGUGGAGGAUGUGAUGCUGGAAAUUCAGGCCGCUCGGCGGUUGAGUGCUCACACGAGGAAGCUUCAGACCGAGCUGCUGGCCGUCUUCACUGUGAUCAUGCCCAGCCUUGAGGAUGCCAUCGUGAAGCAGGUGGAGAUCGAGACCGUUUCCUUGGAUGCCACCAACCAGGCCAUCGCCAGUGCCGUUGCGAGCGCGGGCUUCUCGGGUGCCUUGGAGGUUACCGGCAAGAUGACCAUGCGAGUUCCGGCUCCGACCACGACCACCACGACCACGACCACGACGACAGAGGCCGGCACCACCACCACUACCGAGGGCGGUGAUGACGGCGAUGCUGGAGACGACGGGGACGAUGGUGACGAUGGCGAUGGCGACGAGGAGCCGCCCAGCUCGGCCAUCGCGGGCAGCGCGUCCGCAGCCGUGCUGGGACUUGCUGUCGCCCUCUUGGAUGCUACUGAGCACAAGCUAGAAUACCUCCCAAGAGCAUUGGCGCGUGCUGGCAUGGUGCAGGAGGGACAUGCAGGACACGAGCACUUGGCCGUCGUCCGGGUCUUCUCGACGGAGGAAGAACUGCAGCUACUGAUGGACAGUGUCCCGAAGUGGGAUAUGGCCGGUGCAAUUCCGUGCACCAACAAAUCGAACAUGAGUGAGAUCGACCUCAUCUUGGUGUACAGCAAGGACCUGGAAACCGACGCUGAAGCCAAAAGCAUGGUGGGUAUGAUUGAGGAUGAUUUCCACAAUGAAUCCUUCGGCUGGAUGAGCUGCUUUUCCAACAUCAAGAACAUGUCGGCCAAGUUGAACCCGGAGCAAGACGUCUAUGACAAUCGUGGCUACACCACGAACAAGCACUGGGUCUCCGGCCCCAAUGCCGUCUUCUCGAAAAUCAUGAUGGCCAUGAUGGAGGGCGAGUUCAAUGAUACGUACGACAUCUUCUUCCUAAUGGAGAUGGAUGCCGUCCCCAUCAAGGACCACUGGCUCGACCAGUUCGAGAUGGAGGCCCACGAGAUGGCCGACAAUGGCAUGGCCAUCCGCGGGAGCCAGUACCUGGGCGACAAGUGGGACCUUUUCAAAGCAAUGAUGCCGACGUACUUGGUGGAGCACAUCAACGGCAAUGCCAUGUACAACCUCAAGCACCCUUGGACCAAGGCGGUGUACGAUGCUUUCCACAGCAUGGAUGGCGGCAGCAUGAUGGAAGAGAUGGCCUUCGACGUCGCCUUUGCCAUGAUAACUAUGGAUGCGAUGUCAGGGAACACUAGCCAGUUCGCAGCUGCCUGGGCAGCUGCAGGAGGCAACAGCCAGACCUACAACUGGGAUUCCAUGCUGGUAGGCAACUACGCCAACACCCUUCUGAACACCAGCUUCGAGUUCCCGACUUACAUCCGCCACGGCUCCAGCAAGAACCUGUUCGCGAACUUGGAUGACGAACACGUGACGCUCGGAGUGGCUGUGUUCGAUCACCAGGGGCACUUGAAGGACACCAUCCCCACUCAUCACCCCUUCAAGAAGAUCCUGGCUCUGACCUACUACCCGCAUCCGCAGCAGAUGGACAUGUAUGAGACUCCGGUCGGCAACGUGACCAUGACGACGCAGGCAGCCACUGGCGAUCCCUUUUACCACCUCUGCGAGACUGCCAAACUCGUUGACACGAAGUGGUUCGCUCUCACAGACAACUAUCACAUCAUCAAAGCACCGGUCAGUGUUCUGAUGGACAUGGGCGACAAGCCCGUGCUGCCGUACGUCCUGAGAAACUCCAAGUACUGCGGCGAGCGCCCGAACUGUGAGGCCUCCAUGUUGCAAGCAGAGGGGCUGUUCAGCAUCACCUUGAACUACCACCACGACAAGUACGAGGUGCUGUACAAGACGGACGAUGCCAAGAUGUUCUGCGAUGCAUGGGACCUUGCAACAGGCAGCACAGCAAACGAGUCGUGGGCAAAUUGCAGCUUGUCCUUUGGCCCAACCGGGGAUGACUACAUCGCCUGGAAGAUCAGCGUGGACCAGAACAUCACCGAGGAGUUCACUCCAAAGGACAAGACACGCUACGGCUGGAGAGCCUGGACGAGCCUGUGGAAUCCGGCCCCAGUUGACAGUCGCGCGUGCACGCCGAUGCUCUACGGGCCCAAGGAGUACCUAGAGACGCUUGGCAACAUCUCCCACUGUGCUGUUGACUACGUUGAGAAUGCCGCGGCAUGUGAAUCUGAUACCACAUGCGAGUGGAAGGCCAUGUUCGAGUCCGGCGUGUGCUUCCAGGACCCGAAGAGCGUCGCCACGACGACCACAAUGGCGGGAGUGACCUACAGCACCAUCGAAGUCACGUUGCCGCUCACCGUGGACGAUGCAGCUGCGAUCCUCAACAAUGCUACCGUGCAGGACGCCAUGAAGCAAGGCUUUGCAACGGCGAUGGAGGUGCCUGUGGAGGAUGUGAUGCUGGAAAUUCAGGCCGCUCGGCGGUUGAGUGCUCACACGAGGAAGCUUCAGACCGAGCUGCUGGCCGUCUUCACUGUGAUCAUGCCCAGCCUUGAGGAUGCCAUCGUGAAGCAGGUGGAGAUCGAGACCGUUUCCUUGGAUGCCACCAACCAGGCCAUCGCCAGUGCCGUUGCGAGCGCGGGCUUCUCGGGUGCCUUGGAGGUUACCGGCAAGAUGACCAUGCGAGUUCCGGCUCCGACCACGACCACCACGACCACGACCACGACGACAGAGGCCGGCACCACCACCACUACCGAGGGCGGUGAUGACGGCGAUGCUGGAGACGACGGGGACGAUGGUGACGAUGGCGAUGGCGACGAGGAGCCGCCCAGCUCGGCCAUCGCGGGCAGCGCGUCCGCAGCCGUGCUGGGACUUGCUGUCGCCCUCUUGGAUGCUACUGAGCACAAGCUAGAAUACCUCCCAAGAGCAUUGGCGCGUGCUGGCAUGGUGCAGGAGGGUGUUGGUUUCGCGAUUCUCAUGAAGUUCGGCCAGCGCGGUGGUGUUGGGUGCAGCAAUAGCAUGAAGCGUCCUUCGAUGACGGGUGCCAGGUGCGCAGCAGUGAGCAACGAGACACCAGAGAAGGGUAGCAACUUCAAUAGACAUGCAGGACACGAACACCUCGCUGUCGUCCGGGUCUUCUCGACGGAGGAAGAGCUGCAGCUACUGAUGGACAGUGUACCGAAGUGGGAUAUGGCCGGUGCAAUUCCGUGCACCAACAAAUCGAACAUGAGUGAGAUCGACCUCAUCUUGGUGUACAGCAAGGACCUGGAAACCGACGCUGAAGCCAAAAGCACGGUGGGUAUGAUUGAGGAUGAUUUCCACAAUGAAUCCUUCGGCUGGAUGAGCUGCUUUUCCAACAUCAAGAACAUGUCGGCCAAGUUGAACCCGGAGCAAGACGUCUAUGACAAUCGUGGCUACACCACGAACAAGCACUGGGUCUCCGGCCCCAAUGCCGUCUUCUCGAAAAUCAUGAUGGCCAUGAUGGAGGGCGAGUUCAAUGACACGUACGACAUCUUCUUCCUAAUGGAGAUGGAUGCCGUCCCCAUCAAGGACCACUGGCUCGACCAGUUCGAGAUGGAGGCCCACGAGAUGGCCGACAAUGGCAUGGCCAUCCGCGGGAGCCAGUACCUGGGCGACAAGUGGGACCUUUUCAAAGCAAUGAUGCCGACAUACUUGGUGGAGCACAUCAACGGCAAUGCCAUGUACAACCUCAAGCACCCUUGGACCAAGUCGGUUUACGAUGCUUUCCACAGCAUGGAUGGCGGCAGCAUGAUGGAAGAGAUGGCCUUCGACGUCGCCUUUGCCAUGAUAACUAUGGAUGCGAUGUCAGGGAACACUAGCCAGUUCGCAGCUGCCUGGGCAGCUGCAGGAGGCAACAGCCAGACCUACAACUGGGAUUCCAUGCUGGUAGGCAACUACGCCAACACCCUUCUGAACACCAGCUUCGAGUUCCCGACUUACAUCCGCCACGGCUCCAGCAAGAACCUGUUCGCGAACUUGGAUGACGAACACGUGACGCUCGGAGUGGCUGUGUUCGAUCACCAGGGGCACUUGAAGGACACCAUCCCCACGCAUCACCCCUUCAAGAAGAUCCUGGCUCUGACCUACUACCCGCAUCCGCAGCAGAUGGACAUGUAUGAGACUCCGGUCGGCAACGUGACCAUGACGACGCAGGCAGCCACUGGCGAUCCCUUUUACCACCUCUGCGAGACUGCCAAACUCGUUGACACGAAGUGGUUCGCUCUCACAGACAACUAUCACAUCAUCAAAGCACCGGUCAGUGUUCUGAUGGACAUGGGCGACAAGCCCGUGCUGCCGUACGUCCUGAGAAACUCCAAGUACUGCGGCGAGCGCCCGAACUGUGAGGCCUCCAUGUUGCAAGCAGAGGGACUGUUCAGCAUCACCUUGAACUACCACCACGACAAGUACGAGGUGCUGUACAAGACGGACGAUGCCAAGAUGUUCUGCGAUGCAUGGGACCUUGCAACAGGCAGCACAGCAAACGAGUCGUGGGCCAAUUGCAGCUUGUCCUUUGGCCCAACCGGGGAUGACUACAUCGCCUGGAAGAUCAGCGUGGACCAGAACAUCACCGAGGAGUUCACUCCAAAGGACAAGACACGCUACGGCUGGAGAGCCUGGACGAGCCUGUGGAAUCCGGCCCCAGUUGACAGUCGCGCGUGCACGCCGAUGCUCUACGGGCCCAAGGAGUACCUAGAGACGCUUGGCAACAUCUCCCACUGUGCUGUUGACUACGUUGAGAAUGCCGCGGCAUGUGAAUCUGAUACCACAUGCGAGUGGAAGGCCAUGUUCGAGUCCGGCGUGUGCUUCCAGGACCCGAAGAGCGUCGCCACGACGACCACAAUGGCGGGAGUGACCUACAGCACCAUCGAAGUCACGUUGCCGCUCACCGUGGACGAUGCAGCUGCGAUCCUCAACAAUGCUACCGUGCAGGACGCCAUGAAGCAAGGCUUUGCAACGGCGAUGGAGGUGCCUGUGGAGGAUGUGAUGCUGGAAAUUCAGGCCGCUCGGCGGUUGAGUGCUCACACGAGGAAGCUUCAGACCGAGCUGCUGGCCGUCUUCACUGUGAUCAUGCCCAGCCUUGAGGAUGCCAUCGUGAAGCAGGUGGAGAUCGAGACCGUUUCCUUGGAUGCCACCAACCAGGCCAUCGCCAGUGCCGUUGCGAGCGCGGGCUUCUCGGGUGCCUUGGAGGUUACCGGCAAGAUGACCAUGCGAGUUCCGGCUCCGACCACGACCACCACGACCACGACCACGACGACAGAGGCCGGCACCACCACCACUACCGAGGGCGGUGAUGACGGCGAUGCUGGAGACGACGGGGACGAUGGUGACGAUGGCGAUGGCGACGAGGAGCCGCCCAGCUCGGCCAUCGCGGGCAGCGCGUCCGCAGCCGUGCUGGGACUUGCUGUCGCCCUCUUGUUUGUGGCUGCCAUGACGCUGCUGGCCUUGGUGCUGACAGCUUUGUCAGUGGUCCCGAGCCGGGCUGGAGGACAUGCAGGACACGAACACCUCGCUGUCGUCCGGGUCUUCUCGACGGAGGAAGAGCUGCAGCUACUGAUGGACAGUGUACCGAAGUGGGAUAUGGCCGGUGCAAUUCCGUGCACCAACAAAUCGAACAUGAGUGAGAUCGACCUCAUCUUGGUGUACAGCAAGGACCUGGAAACCGACGCUGAAGCCAAAAGCACGGUGGGUAUGAUUGAGGAUGAUUUCCACAAUGAAUCCUUCGGCUGGAUGAGCUGCUUUUCCAACAUCAAGAACAUGUCGGCCAAGUUGAACCCGGAGCAAGACGUCUAUGACAAUCGUGGCUACACCACGAACAAGCACUGGGUCUCCGGCCCCAAUGCCGUCUUCUCGAAAAUCAUGAUGGCCAUGAUGGAGGGCGAGUUCAAUGACACGUACGACAUCUUCUUCCUAAUGGAGAUGGAUGCCGUCCCCAUCAAGGACCACUGGCUCGACCAGUUCGAGAUGGAGGCCCACGAGAUGGCCGACAAUGGCAUGGCCAUCCGCGGGAGCCAGUACCUGGGCGACAAGUGGGACCUUUUCAAAGCAAUGAUGCCGACAUACUUGGUGGAGCACAUCAACGGCAAUGCCAUGUACAACCUCAAGCACCCUUGGACCAAGUCGGUUUACGAUGCUUUCCACAGCAUGGAUGGCGGCAGCAUGAUGGAAGAGAUGGCCUUCGACGUCGCCUUUGCCAUGAUAACUAUGGAUGCGAUGUCAGGGAACACUAGCCAGUUCGCAGCUGCCUGGGCAGCUGCAGGAGGCAACAGCCAGACCUACAACUGGGAUUCCAUGCUGGUAGGCAACUACGCCAACACCCUUCUGAACACCAGCUUCGAGUUCCCGACUUACAUCCGCCACGGCUCCAGCAAGAACCUGUUCGCGAACUUGGAUGACGAACACGUGACGCUCGGAGUGGCUGUGUUCGAUCACCAGGGGCACUUGAAGGACACCAUCCCCACGCAUCACCCCUUCAAGAAGAUCCUGGCUCUGACCUACUACCCGCAUCCGCAGCAGAUGGACAUGUAUGAGACUCCGGUCGGCAACGUGACCAUGACGACGCAGGCAGCCACUGGCGAUCCCUUUUACCACCUCUGCGAGACUGCCAAACUCGUUGACACGAAGUGGUUCGCUCUCACAGACAACUAUCACAUCAUCAAAGCACCGGUCAGUGUUCUGAUGGACAUGGGCGACAAGCCCGUGCUGCCGUACGUCCUGAGAAACUCCAAGUACUGCGGCGAGCGCCCGAACUGUGAGGCCUCCAUGUUGCAAGCAGAGGGGCUGUUCAGCAUCACCUUGAACUACCACCACGACAAGUACGAGGUGCUGUACAAGACGGACGAUGCCAAGAUGUUCUGCGAUGCAUGGGACCUUGCAACAGGCAGCACAGCAAACGAGUCGUGGGCCAAUUGCAGCUUGUCCUUUGGCCCAACCGGGGAUGACUACAUCGCCUGGAAGAUCAGCGUGGACCAGAACAUCACCGAGGAGUUCACUCCAAAGGACAAGACACGCUACGGCUGGAGAGCCUGGACGAGCCUGUGGAAUCCGGCCCCAGUUGACAGUCGCGCGUGCACGCCGAUGCUCUACGGGCCCAAGGAGUACCUAGAGACGCUUGGCAACAUCUCCCACUGUGCUGUUGACUACGUUGAGAAUGCCGCGGCAUGUGAAUCUGAUACCACAUGCGAGUGGAAGGCCAUGUUCGAGUCCGGCGUGUGCUUCCAGGACCCGAAGAGCGUCGCCACGACGACCACAAUGGCGGGAGUGACCUACAGCACCAUCGAAGUCACGUUGCCGCUCACCGUGGACGAUGCAGCUGCGAUCCUCAACAAUGCUACCGUGCAGGACGCCAUGAAGCAAGGCUUUGCAACGGCGAUGGAGGUGCCUGUGGAGGAUGUGAUGCUGGAAAUUCAGGCCGCUCGGCGGUUGAGUGCUCACACGAGGAAGCUUCAGACCGAGCUGCUGGCCGUCUUCACUGUGAUCAUGCCCAGCCUUGAGGAUGCCAUCGUGAAGCAGGUGGAGAUCGAGACCGUUUCCUUGGAUGCCACCAACCAGGCCAUCGCCAGUGCCGUUGCGAGCGCGGGCUUCUCGGGUGCCUUGGAGGUUACCGGCAAGAUGACCAUGCGAGUUCCGGCUCCGACCACGACCACCACGACCACGACCACGACGACAGAGGCCGGCACCACCACCACUACCGAGGGCGGUGAUGACGGCGAUGCUGGAGACGACGGGGACGAUGGUGACGAUGGCGAUGGCGACGAGGAGCCGCCCAGCUCGGCCAUCGCGGGCAGCGCGUCCGCAGCCGUGCUGGGUGUUGGUUUCGCGAUUCUCAUGAAGUUCGGCCAGCGCGGUGGUGUUGGGUGCAGCAAUAGCAUGAAGCGUCCUUCGAUGACGGGUGCCAGGUGCGCAGCAGUGAGCAACGAGACACCAGAGAAGGGUAGCAACUUCAAUAGACAUGCAGGACACGAACACCUCGCUGUCGUCCGGGUCUUCUCGACGGAGGAAGAGCUGCAGCUACUGAUGGACAGUGUACCGAAGUGGGAUAUGGCCGGUGCAAUUCCGUGCACCAACAAAUCGAACAUGAGUGAGAUCGACCUCAUCUUGGUGUACAGCAAGGACCUGGAAACCGACGCUGAAGCCAAAAGCACGGUGGGUAUGAUUGAGGAUGAUUUCCACAAUGAAUCCUUCGGCUGGAUGAGCUGCUUUUCCAACAUCAAGAACAUGUCGGCCAAGUUGAACCCGGAGCAAGACGUCUAUGACAAUCGUGGCUACACCACGAACAAGCACUGGGUCUCCGGCCCCAAUGCCGUCUUCUCGAAAAUCAUGAUGGCCAUGAUGGAGGGCGAGUUCAAUGACACGUACGACAUCUUCUUCCUAAUGGAGAUGGAUGCCGUCCCCAUCAAGGACCACUGGCUCGACCAGUUCGAGAUGGAGGCCCACGAGAUGGCCGACAAUGGCAUGGCCAUCCGCGGGAGCCAGUACCUGGGCGACAAGUGGGACCUUUUCAAAGCAAUGAUGCCGACAUACUUGGUGGAGCACAUCAACGGCAAUGCCAUGUACAACCUCAAGCACCCUUGGACCAAGUCGGUUUACGAUGCUUUCCACAGCAUGGAUGGCGGCAGCAUGAUGGAAGAGAUGGCCUUCGACGUCGCCUUUGCCAUGAUAACUAUGGAUGCGAUGUCAGGGAACACUAGCCAGUUCGCAGCUGCCUGGGCAGCUGCAGGAGGCAACAGCCAGACCUACAACUGGGAUUCCAUGCUGGUAGGCAACUACGCCAACACCCUUCUGAACACCAGCUUCGAGUUCCCGACUUACAUCCGCCACGGCUCCAGCAAGAACCUGUUCGCGAACUUGGAUGACGAACACGUGACGCUCGGAGUGGCUGUGUUCGAUCACCAGGGGCACUUGAAGGACACCAUCCCCACGCAUCACCCCUUCAAGAAGAUCCUGGCUCUGACCUACUACCCGCAUCCGCAGCAGAUGGACAUGUAUGAGACUCCGGUCGGCAACGUGACCAUGACGACGCAGGCAGCCACUGGCGAUCCCUUUUACCACCUCUGCGAGACUGCCAAACUCGUUGACACGAAGUGGUUCGCUCUCACAGACAACUAUCACAUCAUCAAAGCACCGGUCAGUGUUCUGAUGGACAUGGGCGACAAGCCCGUGCUGCCGUACGUCCUGAGAAACUCCAAGUACUGCGGCGAGCGCCCGAACUGUGAGGCCUCCAUGUUGCAAGCAGAGGGACUGUUCAGCAUCACCUUGAACUACCACCACGACAAGUACGAGGUGCUGUACAAGACGGACGAUGCCAAGAUGUUCUGCGAUGCAUGGGACCUUGCAACAGGCAGCACAGCAAACGAGUCGUGGGCCAAUUGCAGCUUGUCCUUUGGCCCAACCGGGGAUGACUACAUCGCCUGGAAGAUCAGCGUGGACCAGAACAUCACCGAGGAGUUCACUCCAAAGGACAAGACACGCUACGGCUGGAGAGCCUGGACGAGCCUGUGGAAUCCGGCCCCAGUUGACAGUCGCGCGUGCACGCCGAUGCUCUACGGGCCCAAGGAGUACCUAGAGACGCUUGGCAACAUCUCCCACUGUGCUGUUGACUACGUUGAGAAUGCCGCGGCAUGUGAAUCUGAUACCACAUGCGAGUGGAAGGCCAUGUUCGAGUCCGGCGUGUGCUUCCAGGACCCGAAGAGCGUCGCCACGACGACCACAAUGGCGGGAGUGACCUACAGCACCAUCGAAGUCACGUUGCCGCUCACCGUGGACGAUGCAGCUGCGAUCCUCAACAAUGCUACCGUGCAGGACGCCAUGAAGCAAGGCUUUGCAACGGCGAUGGAGGUGCCUGUGGAGGAUGUGAUGCUGGAAAUUCAGGCCGCUCGGCGGUUGAGUGCUCACACGAGGAAGCUUCAGACCGAGCUGCUGGCCGUCUUCACUGUGAUCAUGCCCAGCCUUGAGGAUGCCAUCGUGAAGCAGGUGGAGAUCGAGACCGUUUCCUUGGAUGCCACCAACCAGGCCAUCGCCAGUGCCGUUGCGAGCGCGGGCUUCUCGGGUGCCUUGGAGGUUACCGGCAAGAUGACCAUGCGAGUUCCGGCUCCGACCACGACCACCACGACCACGACCACGACGACAGAGGCCGGCAACACCACCACUACCGAGGGCGGUGAUGACGGCGAUGCUGGAGACGACGGGGACGAUGGUGACGAUGGCGAUGGCGACGAGCAGCCGCCCAGCUCGGCCAUCGCGGGCAGCGCGUCCGCUGCCGUGCUGGGACUUGCUGUCGCCCUCUUGGCGCAGGAGGGUGCCGAACAAGACGCACCUGCACGACUCGCGCGAGAAGACUUUCCAUUGCAGAGGGAUGCCGAUGCCCCCGCUCGCGAGACAGAGCUUGCAACGUCACCCGAAAACAACCAACAUUUCGUCACAGGACAUGCAGGACACGAACACCUCGCUGUCGUCCGGGUCUUCUCGACGGAGGAAGAGCUGCAGCUACUGAUGGACAGUGUACCGAAGUGGGAUAUGGCCGGUGCAAUUCCGUGCACCAACAAAUCGAACGUGAGUGAGAUCGACCUCAUCUUGGUGUACAGCAAGGACCUGGAAACCGACGCUGAAGCCAAAAGCACGGUGGGUAUGAUUGAGGAUGAUUUCCACAAUGAAUCCUUCGGCUGGAUGAGCUGCUUUUCCAACAUCAAGAACAUGUCGGCCAAGUUGAACCCGGAGCAAGACGUCUAUGACAAUCGUGGCUACACCACGAACAAGCACUGGGUCUCCGGCCCCAAUGCCGUCUUCUCGAAAAUCAUGAUGGCCAUGAUGGAGGGCGAGUUCAAUGAUACGUACGACAUCUUCUUCCUAAUGGAGAUGGAUGCCGUCCCCAUCAAGGACCACUGGCUCGACCAGUUCGAGAUGGAGGCCCACGAGAUGGCCGACAAUGGCAUGGCCAUCCGCGGGAGCCAGUACCUGGGCGACAAGUGGGACCUUUUCAAAGCAAUGAUGCCGACAUACUUGGUGGAGCACAUCAACGGCAAUGCCAUGUACAACCUCAAGCACCCUUGGACCAAGGCGGUGUACGAUGCUUUCCACAGCAUGGAUGGCGGCAGCAUGAUGGAAGAGAUGGCCUUCGACGUCGCCUUUGCCAUGAUAACUAUGGAUGCGAUGUCAGGGAACACUAGCCAGUUCGCAGCUGCCUGGGCAGCUGCAGGAGGCAACAGCCAGACCUACAACUGGGAUUCCAUGCUGGUAGGCAACUACGCCAACACCCUUCUGAACACCAGCUUCGAGUUCCCGACUUACAUCCGCCACGGCUCCAGCAAGAACCUGUUCGCGAACUUGGAUGACGAACACGUGACGCUCGGAGUGGCUGUGUUCGAUCACCAGGGGCACUUGAAGGACACCAUCCCCACGCAUCACCCCUUCAAGAAGAUCCUGGCUCUGACCUACUACCCGCAUCCGCAGCAGAUGGACAUGUAUGAGACUCCGGUCGGCAACGUGACCAUGACGACGCAGGCAGCCACUGGCGAUCCCUUUUACCACCUCUGCGAGACUGCCAAACUCGUUGACACGAAGUGGUUCGCUCUCACAGACAACUAUCACAUCAUCAAAGCACCGGUCAGUGUUCUGAUGGACAUGGGCGACAAGCCCGUGCUGCCGUACGUCCUGAGAAACUCCAAGUACUGCGGCGAGCGCCCGAACUGUGAGGCCUCCAUGUUGCAAGCAGAGGGGCUGUUCAGCAUCACCUUGAACUACCACCACGACAAGUACGAGGUGCUGUACAAGACGGACGAUGCCAAGAUGUUCUGCGAUGCAUGGGACCUUGCAACAGGCAGCACAGCAAACGAGUCGUGGGCCAAUUGCAGCUUGUCCUUUGGCCCAACCGGGGAUGACUACAUCGCCUGGAAGAUCAGCGUGGACCAGAACAUCACCGAGGAGUUCACUCCAAAGGACAAGACACGCUACGGCUGGAGAGCCUGGACGAGCCUGUGGAAUCCGGCCCCAGUUGACAGUCGCGCGUGCACGCCGAUGCUCUACGGGCCCAAGGAGUACCUAGAGACGCUUGGCAACAUCUCCCACUGUGCUGUUGACUACGUUGAGAAUGCCGCGGCAUGUGAAUCUGAUACCACAUGCGAGUGGAAGGCCAUGUUCGAGUCCGGCGUGUGCUUCCAGGACCCGAAGAGCGUCGCCACGACGACCACAAUGGCGGGAGUGACCUACAGCACCAUCGAAGUCACGUUGCCGCUCACCGUGGACGAUGCAGCUGCGAUCCUCAACAAUGCUACCGUGCAGGACGCCAUGAAGCAAGGCUUUGCAACGGCGAUGGAGGUGCCUGUGGAGGAUGUGAUGCUGGAAAUUCAGGCCGCUCGGCGGUUGAGUGCUCACACGAGGAAGCUUCAGACCGAGCUGCUGGCCGUCUUCACUGUGAUCAUGCCCAGCCUUGAGGAUGCCAUCGUGAAGCAGGUGGAGAUCGAGACCGUUUCCUUGGAUGCCACCAACCAGGCCAUCGCCAGUGCCGUUGCGAGCGCGGGCUUCUCGGGUGCCUUGGAGGUUACCGGCAAGAUGACCAUGCGAGUUCCAGCUCCGACCACGACCACCACGACCACGACCACGACGACAGAGGCCGGCAACACCACCACUACCGAGGGCGGUGAUGACGGCGAUGCUGGAGACGACGGGGACGAUGGUGACGAUGGCGAUGGCGACGAGCAGCCGCCCAGCUCGGCCAUCGCGGGCAGCGCGUCCGCUGCCGUGCUGGGACUUGCUGUCGCCCUCUUGGCCUGA